GCGUCCCGGGAACCCAGCGAUCGGACGCCGCCCCGGCCCUUCCCACUGCACUUCCUUCCUUUUCCCGAACGUCCAGGAGGGAGGGGGCCGCGCGUUUAUAAACCAGCCCGGCCGCGGGGCAGGGCAGAGCUGUGUUUGCUCCGGGACCCACUCCGCGUCCUUCGCUCCGCCUCCACCCGCGGGCCCCAGCCUCGCGCGGCAUGCUCGGGGUGCUGUUCCUGGGCGUGCUGGCCCUGGCCGGCCUGGGGCUCCUGGCGCCCGCAGACCCGAGGCUCAGUGGCAGCCAGUGUGUGGAGCGCGAGUGCUUCGCGCUUUUCCACGGCCCUGCGACCUUCACCAACGCCAGCCAGGCCUGUGAGCGCCUGGGAGGGCACCUGAUGACCGUGCGCUCCUCAGUGGCUGCCGAGGUCAUUUCCCUGCUCCUGAGUGGCGACAGCGGAGUGGGCCCGCGCCUCUGGAUUGGCUUGCAGCGCCCGCAGGGCUGCGGGAAUCCUGGGUCGCUUGGGCCCCUGCGCAGCUUCCAGUGGGUGACAGGAGACAACCACACCAGCUACAGCAGGUGGGCGAGGCCCGACGGCGACGGUGCACCCUCCUGCGGCCCGUUGUGCGUCGCGGUUUCGGUGGCAGCCACGGGGCCUAGCGACCCAGGCUGGGAGGUGCAGCCAUGCGAUGCCGAGGCGUCCGGCUUCUUGUGCGAGCUGCACUUCGACGCCUCCUGCAGGACCCUGGUGGUGGAGGCCGGCGCGCGCCGCGUCUCUGUCGCCUACAGCACCCCGUUUGGAGUGCGCAGCGCGGACUUCCAAGCGCUGCCUGUGGGCAGCUCAGCGGCGGUGGCGGCGCUCGGGCUGCAGCUAGAGUGCGAGGCUCCGCCAGGGGCCGCGGAGGGGCGCUGGGGGCGUGAGGCGCCAGGCGCCUGGAACUGCAGCGUGGAGAAUGGCGGCUGCGAGCAUGAGUGCAACCAGAGCGCAGGGGAGCCGAGCUGUCUCUGCCCCCAUGAAGCCAUGCUGCAAGCAGACGGGCGCUCCUGCGCUGCCUUGGCCGCGCCCUCCUGCAAGGACAGCCUCUGCGAGCACUUCUGCGUGAGCGACCCGGUUACACCUGGGGCUUAUUCCUGCAUGUGCGCCGCCGGCUACCAGUUGGCGGCCGACCAACAUUCGUGCGAGGACGUGGACGACUGUGCACAGGUGCCCAGCGUGUGCCAGCAGCACUGCGUCAAUACCGAUGGUGGCUUCGAGUGCCUCUGCUAUGAGGGCUAUGAGAUGGUGGAUAGCGAGUGUGUGGAGCUGCUGGACCCCUGCUUCGGGUCGAACUGUGAGUACCAGUGCCAGCCCGUGGGCACGGACAAGUACGAAUGUAUCUGCGCUGAAGGCUUCAUUCCCAACCCAAAGGAGCCAUACCGCUGCCAGAUGUUCUGCAAUCAGACCGAGUGCCCAGCUGACUGUGACCCCAACAACCUAAACAUCUGCUACUGCCCUGAAGGCUUCAUCCUGGAUGAGGGUAACUUGUGUGUGGACAUCGAUGAGUGCCAUCAAGGUGACUGUGGCCGGCACGAGUGCCACAAUUUCCUGGGCACCUACGAGUGCAUCUGUGGGCCGGGCUCCCCCCUUGAGGGCCAGGUGAGUCUGGACUGCGACUCUAUCCCCAAUCCUAACCCCAGCAAGGGGAGGGAAGAGGAUAUCCUGGCGGAGGAUGGCUCUGGGGAGGAUUCCACCAGCUCGACUCCAGGCCCCACUCUGAGCACCCAACCUGCAGGGCCUGUGCAUUCCGUCGUGCUCAUAGGCACCUCCAUCGCCACCCUGUCCCUUGUAGUGGCGCUUCUGGCACUUCUUUGCCACCUGCGCAAGAAGCGGGGUGCAGCCCGUGCAGAACUGGAGUACAAGUGCGGGUCACCGGCCAAGGCUGUGGCCUUGCAGAAACUCUGAGGGACUGCAGGGUGCAGGAGCCUCUCCUUCCUGUGUGUCCCUCCUCGGUUGGUUCCCUGGCUGCUCAGAAGCACCCUGGCUGCCACCUUGAGAAGACCCUCCUCAUUCUCUACAAGGGGAGCCCUGAGGCUAAAAGCCAAGAUAUUUGGGCAGAGAGUACAAAUUUACCUUGAAGACAGACUGCCAAGUGACCCGGGCCCCCACAUAGCUGUGGGAAGGGUGAGCGCUACUGCUCUUUAGCUUUAAGGACAGACUCCUGCCACAGGACUGGCAAUGACUGAGAUAAUUAUUUUUUCAAAUAUUUAGCUUUUUGCCUCUUUCCUUUUCCCCCUUACUUGUUUGUCUUCAAAACUCACUUGGCAAGGAAUCCUUCUUCUGUUGGUCUGGCGCAAUCUCUCUUUCUACAUAUACUCCACCUACUUCUUAGCUCUUAGCUGUCUAUUCAAGCAGAACUCCUACGUGAGACAGAAACAAAAACACUAAAACCCAAAAUAGUUGCACAUUUUCUUUUUUGCUAGCUUUGCUAAUUUAUUUAUCCUGAAAUUUCAGGCUUCUAGAGCAAAGUAGUUUUAACAGAGUUUAAUAGGUGAUCGUUAACUUAAUGUUGCUGGACUGUCAUAGACAUUAAAUCCAAGGAGUUUUCUAUCUUUAGUUUUUAAACAAUGAGCCUGGGUUUUAUUAUUGUUUUGAUUUGAAUGACAAAGUAGUAAUUGUUAAGUGUCUUACCCAGUUUCCUUUAUUGCAGUUAAAUCUUGGCAGUGUUGAAAUGUUCUGAUGCUUGCUCUAGACUAAGAGAGAAGCACCCCCAGGAGAUAAGCUAAGAAAGUUUUGAGCUGCCUGCUUCAGGCCAAUUUGACUCUCAACUGCUCUGUUUACUUGUUCACUUGUGUUCCAAAAUAAAAGCCGCCCCCCUGGUUUUCCAGGGGACUUGGAGCCCAGGAUGGGGCAAGCAAUCAGGGGCUUCCUUACUGCAGCCAUGAAGAAUGUCACCUGCUUCAGAGGGACCUUCUAGCCCUGGCCACUGGCUUGUGGUCCCUGGGCAAGAUCAGAGCUCCUGUGGGAGCCUGAGAGAUGGGCAGAGUCCUGAGCCCCGCCCUCUCCAGCUCACCAGAAACUGCAUUUUAAUAAGACCUGCAGGGGCUUGUCUGUGCAGUCACUUGAGGACAAUUGUUCUAGACCAUUUCCAGCUUUCUGGAGAACAUUACAUAUGGGUCAGUAAUAAGUAGCGGGGCAAGACAGGCCCUCAAUUCUUAAGAAACUGAGGAAUUUUCAUUGUACAGCUUUCUUCUCUGGUAGAAAAGAUUAGGUACACACCACUGGAUGUUGUUAUACAGGUUCAAGAAGGGCCUUGGUUGGACUAAUCUAGGUAUGAAUCCUGCCCCAGUGAAGGGAAAAACUAUACCAUGUAAGUGUAUCUUUGUAAGGCAAAGGUUUUCCUCUACUGUGUUGUAAACUCAGCAUGUUUGUACAUAGUUAUUUAUUGGAGUUAAACUAGAACACAGGCAAAACCCUUGCUUAUGAUGUCACUUGUACAAAAUAAACACAUUACAGUGUGCUCGA